UAAGCAAAAGCAGCUGACGUUACUCCGGUCAGUCAGAUGAACGGUCAUCAGCCUUCCCCAAUUUCUCCUUCCCUUGUAACCUCUCUAUCUCUCUUCCCACCUUCUUCUUCUUCUCCGCUUCUUCAUGGAUCCACAACCCUCACCUCCUACCACCGCUAACCGUCCUCACUCUGGCCCCGGCGGUCGUGACGAUUGCUGGAGCGAAGGCGCAUCUAAAAUUCUGGUCGAUGCUUGGGGAGAUCGUUAUCUGGAUCUUAAUCGUGGGAAUCUCCGGCAGAAAGACUGGAAGGAAGUCGCACAUGCCGUUAACUCUCGUAACAACGGUGUCAAACCUCCUCGCACCGACGUUCAGUGUAAAAAUCGGAUUGAUACAUUGAAGAAGAAGUAUAAGCUUGAGAAAUCGAAGUCAUCGGCGGCAUCCAACUGGUUGUUUUACGAUCGCCUCGAUUACCUAAUUGGUAACUCCUCCUCCUCCUCUACGAACAAGAACAAGAAAGCGUCUGGUGGUGCCUCAAUUCCAGAUCGUAAGCCCUCAACCACCAACACCGUAACCUUGACUAUCAAACCUAGGUCAAAAUUAAACAGAAACUGUAGUAGUAGUAGUCCUACUAACAACGACGAGUAUUCUGGCGGCACUUCAAGCUCUCUAGGUGGUGGUGAUGAUGAUGAUGAUGAUACGGAGUUCGUCCGACGUGUUUCGAGGAAGCAGAAUAAGAUGGAUUUGUCAGAGGAAAGUCCUUACAAGGAAUUGGCGAGGGCGAUCUUGAGGUUCGGCGAGAUAUACGAACGAAUCGAGAGGUCAAAGCAAGAACAAUUGAUGGAGCUGGAGAAACAGCGGAUGGAUUUCACCAAGGAUCUUGAGUUUCAGAGGAUGAAUAUGUUUAUGGAAACUCACCUCCAGCUCGAGAAGAAGUCAAAGAAGAAGAAGAAGACGAAGAAGAAACCUACUACCAACAAUCAUACUCCUCCUCUUCCUCCUCCUACUGGUUCAUCAUCAGGGAAGAAAUUAUAAUGAGAAUCAUCCUCCAUCAUCACUAACAAGGCAGCUUUCAUAAAUGAAAUGGCGGAGGUUGCAGUCUUUGUAUAUUGUGAUUAUAUAUAUAUACACUAUGUUUGUUUGUAAUAUUAUUCAUGCACAUAUUAGUUUAAUUUUAUGCCUCUUGUAACAUUAUCA